AGGUUGCAAAAAUAACGAAGAUGGUGGAUGUAAUUGACAGCGAAGAAAUUGUUGAAGACUCAAUUAACACAGAGUUGGUCACUGAUUUCAGCCGAAAUUCCCCAUUGGAAGAUGAAGAUGAUGAUUCUCAUGAAUUAGAGUUAAUUCCUCAAUUUUUCUUUGCUGAAGACGAAGCUGAUAAUGCUCUCAAUUGCGAAUUGCUCAUUCCUUCGCUUUUCUUCCAUGAAGAGGAAGAUUUGUCUGGCAAGUUGAAUUUUCAAUCUAAAGGAGUUAUCAGUUCUGAGGUUAAUUGUGAGAAACUCGAAUGCUCGGCAGAAUUGGUCAUUAGUCACAGUAAACUAGUUGGUAAGAAUUGUUUUACUCUUCUCUUGGAUCAUUUUCGUAGCAUAUUUGAUCCUGGUAAGUAUGUAGUGGUACCACAUAAUUUUUUGGGAAAAUUGAUUCUUAGCCUUGGGUUUAAAUCAGAUAUGGAGUUUACAGAUAUAAUAAAAUCCUUGUUUGUUAAUUCUGCUGAAAUUCAUAUUGAUGGGAAGCUGUUUGUUAAAAUGUCCGAGAGUAUAGCUUGUAAUUUAGGCAGUGACAGAGCUGAUUUUUGGUUACAACUUGCACAAGUAUUUGAUCGUGGAAAAUUCCUUGAAGCUAUUGAAAGGUACCCUUAUUGUGUUAGCAACAGUUUUAAGCUCAAUUUAGAUAUGCUUACUUCUUGCUUGGUUAAUUUUAAUGGGUCAAUCCUAACUCUACUAAAUGAUCAUGAUGGGAAAUAUGUUAAUGAGCUUAUUUGUGAACAUGGAUGCUGGUCAGAAUUGAGGUUAAGUGAACCUGUUGCUUGUAUACUAACCAAAGGUGGUGUUGCUGGUAUUGCUUGGAUACUGUUUGUUAAAAUGCCUGAAAGCUGUGUAGCUUGGAGUUAAAUCUGCGGCAGAUAUGAAUUUUUCUGGCAACUUAAAAGGGAUUCUCAAAGUAAAGGAAUGGUAGACACUGAGGUACAGGACUUCAACAUACUGAAUCAUAUUUCUGAUGAUGUACUUGGACAGUUUGUAAGGUGGAAGUUUAGUAUGCAUAAUAACUUGCAUCAAAUAUUAUCCUACUCAAUCAAGUUUAUCAUGGUAUAAUACUUCAUACACUUAACUCUAAUUACUUCUAUUUGUGCUUUCUCACCUGGUACUUGUCAUGCUCGACUGAUAUUUGAUCGUGGUAAAGUAAUUGAACUUGUUGGGGUGUGUUCUUCGUUUGUCAAAUUCUUCUUUAAUCCUUGUUUGAUUUUUCAUAACGGAUUGAAUUUCAUGGAUACUUACAAUGCCAAAACCGUGUAUGAGCUGAAUUUGGAACUUGGGGUUUCAUUUCGAAGUGGUAAUUGAGUCUGCGAUUGUGGUUCUGUGUGUUAAAACUGGUGUCAUUCAUGAUAGUAGUAAUCUGUUGGAGAGAACGCCAUAAAAAGAUGGUGUGCGGAGUUUGACUAAUGGUGAUACCUGUUAUUAUUUUCUUUGGGACCUUACUCGUUCCUUAUUUGAUCGUGGUAAAUGUCAAGCUAUAUCCAAUUCUUCUUAUAAGGGAAAAUUGUUUCUUCAAAGGAACUCUAGGCUUGGGUGCCAGUCACAUUUUUCGUUUCUGAUUUCAUUUAAAUUUGUGAUGGCUAAUGAUCCUAACUACGAAUUCAGUUUUGGUCUAACAAAAUUUUACUCAUUUGUACUUGUGUGUUCGAUUUUGAUGGUUUAUGGCAAUGAGAUUUUGUUUCUGAACCUGUUUAUCAAUGAGAUCUUUCAAGUGCAACUUCAAGCUUCUCCCUGUCAUGUGUUGCUUCCCUUGGAGACUUCUGGGGUUUGUUUUAUUCAACUGCUUAGGGAAGUUUCUUCUUCAGCACUGAGAGGUUAUCUCAAGUCUGGUUCCUAUGGACAAUUACUGGAAAUGGUUUCAGCUCAACUGUGUGGAUUAGUAUAUCGAGCGCUAGAAGGUCAUAGUCGGACCAGAUUUUUUUCACAGGCAGUAGAAAUUCAUGUUUCAACUGCUGAAGAAACUCAGGUCUUACUCCCGGUGAUUCAAAUUCUAUAUGUAUUAAUGUUGGUGGAAUUCUUGAGGUGGAAAUUCAAAUUGCUUUCAACCAGUUUAAGGAGUAUGAGAAAUUGUAGUGUGUGUUGAUGCAUAUAGGUGUUGGUUAGAUUGGUUGUUUAGUGAUCUAAUGGUGUGGAUGCCGGCUAAUGAUGGUGCUGCUACUACUUUCUGUCGUGGAUUCUCUGCGGAGCAACCUGGAAGUUCUUUGAAUUAUGUAAUAUUGAUUAGAGCAACUUAUAUACCAGCUGGUGAACUAUUCUCACACAAGUUGUUGGUCAUGUUGAAUGAUGAUUGGAUUAGACUUCAGGCCUGUUCUCUUGUAUUGAUUCUCAUUAUUGUUAGAAGUUGUUUAUGGUUUUCAAGGAUGGGUUUCUUCGUAUACAGUAAAAUGCCUCUAUCUUUGCUGUAUGAGAGUCUAGAUGUUCGAGAGGAAGUUGUGAAGUUGAAGUUCUAUGAGAGAAUAAUGAGAAUACAACUCAUGCUCGCAAUAAUUCACAUUCCAGUUGUGAUGUUCCUGGUGGUCUGCUCGAAGUGGGAACUCAAGAUGUUUCUGUGGGGCUUAUGGGGUGCAGGAAUUAUUAGUGGGAUCACUGUAACUAGUAUGGGAAUUCACUUCUGCAUGGGAAAGGUUGACUGCGGACAAGUGACUUUAGCCAAGGACGACAAGGUAAGGGUGCUACAUAGGAGAAAAGGAGAAGCUGAAGAUGCUCAAAUAUUUCAAGCAGUUUGCCUUCUAAUCAGGUAUGAUAAUUGUAUGAAUGUUUGCACUAGUCGUGUAACAUCACUAUGCUCAGCUCCAAGUGCUUCUGGGUGUAAUUACAAAGAAGAAGAAAAGGAUAUUUCCACUCAUGCCUUGGCUGAAAUGCGGAAACAUGACAAUCUGGGAUCUAUUGAGGUGUUGUUAUCAUUAGUUCACAUACUUGCAACUAUACCUGAUGAGAUUGUAUCGCUCACCGGAAAACAGGCUACUCAGCUUGAUGGUAUACAACUACUUAUUCAUGGAACUCAACUAAAGGACACAUGUUCUAGUUUUGAUGAUAAAAGUGGACAGACUUGUGGCAGUCAGCGAAUCUCUAUGUUUGAAAGAAAGUUAAGUUCACUGGUUAAUAAGAGUAACUAACAUCGUAGAUUAUCAACACAAUCGCAGAGAAAACAUAGGAUAAUUUAAAGGGGUGGGUAUUUGUCAUGUCCCAUGUAUUUGUCAUGUCCCUGUUGGUGGGUACCAUCGUGUUAAGGGGUGCCUUUGGUAUUAGUUAGUAGUUGUAAUGCAUGUGUGUCGCACAUGCCUUCAGGUUGUGCCCUAUUUAGUUGAGUCUGUA